AGAAUUUUAAAGAAUAAUAAGUUAUCAUUCGGAUUAACACGAAAGGUUGUUUCUUUUGGUUGAUAUGCACAGAUAUAGCAUUUCUCAUUCUAAAGUGGAACAAGUCAUUAGCACUGGAACGGGACUCCAACCAAGAUACACCCUUGCAUAUUAUGGCCCGAAACUCAUAUAAGAUCGGUACCAAAAAUAAGCCAACCAAGUGGCGAUCAAUAUUAUCUCGGAUGAAUUGCGGGAGAAGAAUGAUGCAGAUAGAGCGCACCAAAUGGUUGAACUGAUGUGGGAAGUUGUUGUCGAUAAAGUUAAAAAAGAAAACGUAGUGGAUUUCAUUAAACAUCCCUCGAGCAUGCUACACGACGCGGCAAGAGUUGGGAAUGUUGAUUUUCUAAGAGUGUUAUUACGUUUAUUUCCUGAUCUUGCAUGGAAUAUUGACGAUAAGGGGAAGAACAUAUUUCACGUAGCAGUUGAGAAUCGACGAGAGAGUGUGUUCUGUUUAAUCUAUGAAAUGGGAGACUUCUUAGACUUCUUGGAUUGUUUGCCAUAUUAUUUUGACGAGGAAAACGUCAGCCUGCUUCAAUUGGCCGCCAAAAAGCCUGCUAAAAGUGAUCUUAACCGAAUUUCUGGCGCAGCCUUUCAAAUGCACAACGAGCUCCUAUGGUUUAAGGGAGUGGAGAAGAUAGUGGGGCUUACUUUGAGUAGAAACAUAGGGAAGCAAACAGCACGAGAAGUAUUCACCCAAGAACACGAAGAGCUGGUGAAAGAAGGAGAAAAGUGGAUAAAGGAGAGAGCAAGAUCAUGCAUGGUGGUUGCAACUCUAAUUGCGACAGUAGUUUUUGCUGCAGCCUUCACUGUACCCGGCAGCGUCAACAACAACACAGGCUUUCCCAUGUUUCUUCACGACAAGUGGUUCACCGCAUUUGUGUUGUCGGAUGCAAUAGCCAUGAUCGCAUCUUCAACUUCAAUACUGAUGUUUUUGUCAAUCCUCCCGUCGUGCUGUGCAGAAGACGAUUUCUUCUUCUGGUUGCCUUAUCUUUUGGACAUCGGUCAUGCGACACUCUUCGUUUCUGUAGUGACUAUGCUUCUGGCUUUUGGGGCUGCCUUUUUCCUCUACUAUGGAACAGAUACAGCUCCUGUUCCAUUGGCCAUUGCCUGUGCCAUGGCGCUUAAUCAACUCCAUGCUUCUAUCAUACAGCUAAACCUGUGGGCUGAUGCAUUCCCAAAAUUAAGGACUUAUUGGUUUUUUCUUGUGAAGAACCGAACUUCUGAUCUAAUCAGGUUGCUCUCAUCAACUUAGGAAGCAUAGGUUUUUUUUCCAACAGGAAGCUUGGAAGAGAGAUGGUUGUUGUUGAGAUCUUAAUCCUGAUCGUGUCGUCCUUUCAAAAGGGGUGCAAGACGAGGAUUUUUCAAAUGGUCAUCCAACUUAGUAAUACUCUCACUCACGCAAGCUUAACUGUGUAAUUAUGAUGGAAUCCAGUACAUUAGUAUUGGUAUGAUCGCACCCCUAGUCGUGUCCUUUAUUCGAGGGUUAAUAGAAUAUGAUAUUUACAGUCAUUUCCCUCGCUCCUCUCAAUAUUGACA